AUGGCCAUUUGGGCGCAAUCUGGUUCAGUCCAGCUAAGACCAGAGCCCGACAGGGUUGCCACAGAUGCGUUCCAUGACUCCUGGGCCAGCGCUGCCGCCGACGCGUUCCGCGGCGCGGGCUUCGUGGUAGUGCUGGGUGCGCUGUCGGAGGAAGCCUGCGAGGAAGUCCUGCGCGCAUGCCACGACAUGGAGCGAGAGAUGUUGAGGCACGACCCGGAGCGACUCGGCUGCCGGGACCCGGGCCGCUACAGCUUCGGCGCCGCCGCGCAGUCCGGCGCCUUGCUGCACCUGCCGGCGUGGCGCCACCUGCUGGACUGCGAGGCGGUGCUGGCCGUGCUCGACGCGAACUUCCAGGCGCUCCACUCCGAUCUCGGGCCCUCGCGCGUGCCGCCCGGGCAGCGCGCGGACUGGCCGCCGCCCAAGGUGGCGGUCAACUUCUCCGUGCAGCGCAUCGACACGGCCGCCUUCGGGCCGAUGCGCGCGCUGCCGGCCCGGAAGACGCUGGAGCUGGGGCAGCAGCCGCCGCCCUUCGCGGGCGAGAGCGACCACUCGCGCCGCAGCACGCUCUUCCCGCUGCCGGCCGGCGCGGCCGUGCUGCGCGACCUGCGGGUGUGGCACGGGGGGACCCCCAAUCUGACCGCCGAGACGCGGUUCUCGAGGGAGCGCAAGUACG